AUGGUCGUGGCCGCAACCAUGGCCAGCAUGGAUGACCACGAGCGGAAGAUAGUCGUCGAGUUCUGUCAACUGCUCGAACAGUCCAAGCAGCUAUUCAACGGGCUCCGAGACCUUCCACAAUGCGGUCAGAAAAUCUGGCAAGGGUAUUUCGGCAAGACUUUCGACGUUUAUACAAAACUUUGGAAGUUUCAACAGCAACAUAGACAAGUGUUGGAUACAAAGUAUGGCUUAAAGCGAUGGCAAAUAGGUGAAAUAGCCUCGAAAAUAGGUCAACUGUAUUAUCAUUACUACCUUAGAACCAGCGAUACGAACAAUUUGAAUGAAGCGUAUUCGUUCUAUUCGGCGAUAAGAGGAAGACAAUACUAUUCUCGAGUAUCUCAGGAAGAUAGGUCUGAUCUAAUGGUAAAAAAACUGAGGUACUACGCUAGGUUUAUUGUGGUGUGUCUGUUGCUAAGAAGAGUGGGGGCCAUUCGUGAAUUAUUGGCUGAGCUCGACAAGCAAAUCGUAGACUAUACGAGUACGUACGAACCGGACGAUCAGUUGGAAUGGUCUUUGGUGUUGGAAGAAAUCAAGACAUUCGUAAAAGCCGACAGCAUUGUAAACGUUUUACACGCUGACCAGAGCAAUGUCAUACUUUCACACAGGUUAACACCGUUGACUACGCCACCGGUAGAAAAAUCCACGAUGAUGAAUCUCUCGUUGCAAGAAAUCAUACUUAUAGGAAACGCGUCGGAACAGGUCAAGUUCAGCGAAAUGACGAUAGACAUGUUCCGAAUGAUGCAGACGCUAGAGAGGGAAAAAAACCGAGACGAAGUUAAUCACGUAUCCGAUCCUCCUUCAAGAGCUUCAUUUGAAAAAAGUUACUCGAUAACCAGUAAUAAAACCUUAGCGUACCCGAUGAUGGCAAAUCAUGACGUGAAUAGUUCAAGAAGAGAAAAUCCUCACAAAUAUAUACUUUAUAAACCAACUAUUACUCAAAUAAUGAUGUUUUUAGCCACAGGGUUUAAAGAGCUCCCUGCAAAUGGCGUGCUACUCAUGUACGUUUCGGCAGAUGGAUGCUUUCAAACCUCGAAACACGUAAAUGACUUGGGUUACGAUUGUGGAGGAGUCAUGGCAAGUAGCAAACGAGAAAUGGAACUGACCAAUAAAAAAGGUGUACAUGUAAAAGAAAUCCACUGCUUAUAUCCAGGAGAUCUUUACCCGUUCACUAGAAAACCAUUGUUCGUUAUUAUUGAUUCCGAUAAUAGUUUUGCCUUUCAAUACAUACCGAGGUAUUUCGGUCAUCCGUUCGUCGUGCUCAUGUCUCCCCAGGAGUUGCCGGAUAAACUUCACGAACAACUACAGCACAACGGAAGUUUGUUCACGUUGUUCUUGCAUAGCCCUUUGACUGCAUUCUGUCUCAUAUGUAAUAUCCUAACGGUUAAAAUGCAUUUGUGGGAGAGGGCCAAUUCGUACGUAGAUAGGUUCAUCACGGAAGCUAGCCGUCUGUUUACCAGCAAAGUGAAACCAGACGUGUCUUACAUACAGUUCUUCGGUGACGACUUUUUACGGUUAUUAUUAUUGCGGUACGUCUUUUGCCACGUUGUACUUCGUCAUCAUCGAGCAUUCGUUGGAGAACAGUAUCUUCCGCGGUGUCAACCGCCAUUGCCUUUGGCCAGCUUUUUAGACGAAAUAUCUCUGAAGAAAUACGUAAGAGAGUUGGCCAAACACUUGGACGUUUUGUCACAUUUCGAAAACUUCGAAUGA